UCGCAAAUAAUUUUAAUACGUUUCUUACCUUCCUACAAGUAGGAAACCCACACCAUAUAUAUAUCUAAUUUUGAUUAAGUGCGCCAACUGCGAAAAUGUUGUUCGCGUUCAUGUUGGCGUCGACAUUGGCCGCGUCCGCGGUGCUCGGCCGUUCGUCCGGCCCGACACCGACGCGCGUCACAUACAUGCAAGAAGAACAAAUCCAAGGCCAGAUCGACGAGUCGGCACAAGUCGUGGCCGUCGGCGACAGAUCUUCGAACCUGAAAUUCGUGAUGGCCAUCCAGAGCUCGAGCAUUUGGACGGACGUCAAGCAACGGUCGUUGACGAUUAAUUCGACACAGCGGUUGGACGACGCGACAGCCGAAAAAUCACCGAACGACUUGUCCGACAAGGAACUGGCGAAGCUCAAACAGGCGUGCCACGACGGGCUCAAGUGCGUAGCCGUUGACCAGCUGUUGGUGCUCAAACAGGUCAGAGAACCACUCGGCGACGGCAACACUUCGGUGCGCAUGGCCAUCACCAAGAUCACCCAGGUGAUCACCAAGUACACGACCGAGUACCACGAGGACGUUUACCAGUACGAGGAGGUCACGCAGUCCGACGACCCGUCCAAAGUGUACGAGUCGGUGACCACCAUAGUGGAAGACAACAAGGAACUGUGUCAGAUCGACUUGGUGCCCGACAAGCGAGAAAAGAAUACGACUGACGUCCAGAAAACGGUCGAACGUCAAACCCACCCCUCGGCGGCGGUCGUUAUCGACAACAACAACACCGUCGACUACGAUACGACCAAUAACUACAACAUCAACGACGGUACCGUCAACAGUGCCACCAUCAACAAAGAGCCUUUCGGCAAAACGACUAUCGUCGAAUCGCCCGAACCCGGCCCCGACGGCCGCCCGGACACCGGUAGAAUGGUAAUCGUUAUCGCCCCGAGAGCCGAACCCGCCACCGCCGACGGCGGAAAUAUCAAAAAUCGGUCUCCGAACGGUCUGCCCGCCGAAAAGGCCAGCACCGACAACCGUACCGUCACUGAUGACGACGGUGCGCACAAACGCGUCCGACAACAACGCCCGCGGAACAGCGGUACUUCGGCGGACCGACGCUCCUUACCCGCUUCGACCGCGGACGACGAUCGCCGGACGUCCGCCGGUCGACCGGACACUGCCGGCGGUUCCGCAGACGCCAACCGCUCUGUGAAAAAAAAUAACGCGACCGUGAAAAACGAAGGCCGGAAAACGGAAUCGGACACGGACGUGGUGAGCGCGGGCUCGGACGACCGCGCGAGCGUGCGGAAGGGCUACGUGUCGAACGGUACGCUCAACAACGGCAACAUGGUGGAGUACGACAUCAACAACGGGACGGUCAACACGGGCAGGAUCGACGGGAGCACCGCCGACAAAGGUAUCAUAAGCGUUGGCACGGUGAACAACGGGCCGGUCAACUACGGUACGUCCAACACGCACACCAACAACGGAAAUCGGGUGACCGGGCACGGCAACGACGACGUCCGAAAGUAUUUGUCUUCCAUCGAAAAGAUGUACUCGACGAUACUGGAACGGCUCGGCUGAUUCAUUAGCAGUUUGCACUGUCAAUCGUCGUAAUAUUAUUAUUGUGUUACCACCUCGACAUCGCUAUAUAUAUAGUAUUAUAUCGUUUUAAGGAGACGUUUUCGUAUAAAUUAACGUUAAUAACUACGCGCGUUUAUCGCAUACCUAACCUAACGCCACGUCGUCGUCGUCGUCGUUAUGAUAUUUUUCGAGACGGUAUAAGUCAUUACCAUUUAUUAUUACGUAUAUCAUUAUUAUUUGUUGUCAUUUUUAUCGUUAUUAUAUUUUAUCUGUGAUUAAUAUAAUAUUAUAGUUUCCAGAAAUAUAAUUUUUUUUUAAUUUUUAAUCCAUCACAACAUAAUAUAUAUUUUGUUAUAGUCGUGAUAAUAUAGUAAUUAUCAAUUAUUGUAGUGUUGUCUUUGUUAAUUUUUGUUUAUCGACAGAGAAUUACAGAAAACACGUUAUGAUUAUUCCAUAAUACCAACAUUAUUCAUCUCAGCAUGCACAGUGUUGUUUAAAAUAGAAUUUAUCUACGUCUAUAAUUAAUGUCUAAACACAUUGAGGUGUUGUAAUGUAGGCGGAUACUUUAUAAUAUUAUAAGGUGUUAAUAUAUAUAAUUUUUCUUAUUAACUAA